ACUUCUUCAACUAUCACCGGAGAAGUAAUUUACAUUUCUUCACUACCAAUUGAGCGCCAAAAUGUUUGCCAGGUCAGCAUUCCGGGCCGCGCAGCCCCUUAAGCAGCACGUCCGUCGCUAUGCCACCGAACCCAGCAAGGGAGGCUCCAACGCUGCCCUCUACGCCGCCGGUGCCGUCGGCCUGGCGGGGGCGGGGUACUAUUUCCUCUCCGGCACGCCUGCGGCUCAGAAGGCCGAGGCCAAGGUCAAAAACGCAGCCAGCGACCUGACUGGCCAGCCGCCGAAGAAGGCGUUUACCGGCGGCGAUCAGGGCUGGCUCUCUCUCGUGCUGGAGGACGUAGAGAUCGUCAACCACAAUACCAAGCGUUUCCGCUUCAAGCUGCCCGAGGAGGACCAGGUCUCGGGCCUGCAUAUCGCGAGUGCCCUGUUGACCAAGUACAAGGGCCCUGAGAUGGAGAAGGCCGUUCUCCGGCCGUACACGCCCAUAAGCGAUGAAGACGCCAAGGGCUACAUUGACCUCCUCGUGAAGAAGUACCCCGACGGCCCCAUGUCGUCGCACCUGCACAACAUGGUCCCCGGCCAUCGCCUCGACAUUAAGGGACCCUUGCCCAAGUAUCCCUGGGAGCCCAACAAGCACGAGCACAUCGCCCUGGUGGCGGGUGGCACGGGCAUCACUCCCAUGUGGCAGCUCGCCCGCGGCAUCUUCAGCAACCCGGAGGACAAGACCAAGGUGACGCUCGUCUUCGGCAACGUGUCCGAGGACGACAUCCUGCUGCGCCGGGAGUUCGCCGAGCUGGAGAACACCUACCCGCAGCGCUUCCGGGCCUUCUAUGUCCUCGACAACCCGUCCAAGGACUGGCAUGGCGCCGCCGGCUACAUCGACAAGACCCUCCUCAAGACGGUUCUCCCCGAGCCCAAGACGGGCAACAUCAAGGUCUUUGUCUGCGGCCCCCCCGGCAUGAUGAACUCCAUCUCCGGGAACAAGAAGAGCCCUAAGGAUCAGGGCGAGCUCUCUGGCAUCUUGAAGGAGCUCGGGUACUCGUCUGACCAGGUGUAUAAGUUCUAAGGGCGGGACCCAGUAUAGAGGAGCACUCCUUUGGAUGUGCGUAGAAGAAGGCGAUGACCUGCAUGUUGUACAAUACAGCGGAAUAGAACGAUGCGAUUCUGAGAGUGGUAGAAGCUGCAUUAGAUAAUUCCACAGACUAAGCAUAACCGGGGGGGUUUUUUCUUCUUUUUUUUUUUUUUCGUUGUCAAGUGUCAGGAUGGGGAUUGAAUCUCUUGAAGUUCCAUGUCCAAAAGCUUGAUUUGAUGUGCUUAGUUCCUAGACUGAAUGCUUUCAACUAGGUGGUAUUUUUCUAUAUGUAAUUCUGUGCCUGGAUAUCCAUUUCACUGCCAUACGUCACACUUGCUAG